AUGGAUAGGCCAAGACAAAAUGAUCAUUUGGGUGUGAAUAAGAUUGGCAAGAACAUCAGAAAGAGCCCUCUGCACCAACCUAGUUUCUCAGCGAAUGCUAAUGUCGCCGCCGUCGCUGCAAGGCCUCAAGCGCAGCCUCAGGUUUACAACAUAAGCAAGAACGACUUCAGAAGUAUUGUUCAGCAGCUGACUGGCUCUCCAUCGCGUGAAAGCCUUCCUCGGCCUCCUCAGAACAACCCACCAAAGCCUCAGAAUACUCGGCUGCACAGGAUUAGACCAGCUCCUCUCACACAGAUAAACCGCCCUGCCGUUCCUCUCCCUGCCAUGGCUCCUCCUCCACAGCAUCAUCAACCUCACUUGCUCAGACCGCAUCAACCCCAGCCACAAGGCACACAUCAUCAUCAACAACAACAACAACAACCAAUGAUGGGUCAAGGGGAUCAGUAUUGGUCUAACACAGCUGAGUCUCCAAUCUCCGAGUACAUGCGUUAUCUUCAAAGCUCAUUUGGAGAUUCAGCUCCCAGUGGUAACCAAAUGCAGCCUGGUCAUGACCAUCGGCCUUAUAUGCCAGCUCAGCCUCAACACCAGCCGUAUAUGCCACCUCAGCCUCAGCCACAGCCACAUCAGCCACAUAUGAUGCCUGGAUCGCAACAUCCGAGAAUGGAUAUGCAGGGACCACUACAACCUAACCAAUAUCUACCACCACCACCAGGGUUAGUUCCUAGUCCAGUGCCUCAUAAUCUUCCUUCCCCUCGGUUCAACGGUCCUGUGCCUUUCACGCCUACUCUGCCCUCUCCAAGGUUCAAUCAGUUACAUGGUGGUUUCCCUUCUCCAAGAUAUAACGGUUUCGGACCACUACACUCGCCUACAUCUCAGUUUCUUCUACCUUCUCCUACCGCUUACCCGAAUAUGUUCUCUCCGAGAUCACCUUACCCGUUACUAUCACCGGGAGUUCAGUAUCCUCAGCCACUCACCCCAAACUUCUCAUUUUCACAGUUAGCUCAAUCAGGAAGUCUCAGACCCGGUCCAGGUCAAGGUCCGGGUCCUCCUCAGCCACCUCCAUCUCCAGGGCUCAUGUUUCCACCAUCGCCAUCAGGGUUCUUCCCAAUCCCAAGUCCAAGAUGGGGUGAUUACUAG